GCGGCCCCGGCCGGAGCAGGAAGGAGCCGCAUACGGGCCUCGGCGAGCAGCUCCCGCGGGGCGGCCAGAGCCUGCUCCGCCCGCCCGCACGGCCCGGCCCGCCCGCCUCGGCACGGCGCGGCCCGCUCCGCUCGCCCGGACCGCUCGGCCCCCGCCCGCCUCUAGCGUGGAAGAUGGCGGGUGGCGUGGACGGCCCCAUAGGGAUCCCGUUCCCGGAUCACAGCAGCGACAUCCUCAGCAGCCUGAACGAGCAGAGGAACAACGGGCUGCUGUGCGACGUGGUCAUCCUGGUGGAAGGCCAGGAGUUCCCCACCCACCGCUCCGUCCUGGCAGCGUGCAGCCAGUACUUCAAGAAGCUCUUCACCUCAGGGUUAGUGGUGGACCAGCAGAACGUGUAUGAGAUAGACUUUGUGAGUGCGGACGCGCUGUCGGCGCUGCUGGAGUUCGCCUACACCGCCACCCUCACCGUCAGCACUUCCAACGUCAACGACAUCCUCAACGCCGCCACGCUGCUGGAGAUCCCGGCCGUCAGGGAUGUCUGCACGGAUCUCCUGGAGAGGAAGAUUCUGGCCAAAAAUGACCAGAUGGAUACAGUAGAUCAAAUUGAUCAGAGGAACCAUCUCAGAGCAAAAGAGUACCUGGAGUUCUUCCAGAGCAACCCCGUGAACGGCCACCAAGGCAGCUUUCCGUGGACCAACACAGAGUUGAGAGACCUUCAGAGACUGAACUUCCGAGGCCAAGAGGAGGAGGAGGAGUCGAACUGCAACGGCCUGGACUUCUACUCACAAGCCACCCCAACCGAAAGACCAAAGGCAAGUGACUGUGACCCCGACAGCAACCCGGCCAUGUGGCUGGAGCGCGAGGACGAGGAGCCGGUCAGCAGCGGGAUGUUCUCCCCUUCCCAGAACGGACAUUACAGCAGCCGUGGCUUGGCCACCCCGGGAGAGGAGGAGGGCGGCACCCCCAGGGGCCCUCUGGACCCGCAGGAGGCCGGGGACUCUCCCGGCUUCAUCCCCACGGGCACGGAGACCGAGGACGAUGGCAGGGAGGUGGACGACCUGGCGGCCAGCGCGCUGCUGCAGCAGAUGAUCAGCUCGGUGGGGCGGCAGCAGCUCGGCGACGACGACCGCAAGGACGAGGACGGGGUCAUGGAUUAUUACUUGAAAUAUUUCGGCAGUUCCAGCGAGGGCGACGUGUACCCGUCCUGGUCGCAGAAGGUGGAGAAGAAGAUCAGGGCGAAAGCAUUCCAGAAGUGCCCCAUCUGCGAGAAGGUGAUCCAGGGCGCCGGGAAGCUGCCGCGCCACAUCCGCACCCACACCGGGGAGAAGCCCUACGAGUGCAACAUCUGCAACGUUCGCUUCACCAGGCAGGACAAGCUCAAGGUGCACAUGCGGAAGCACACGGGCGAGAAGCCCUACCUGUGCCAGCAGUGCGGCGCCGCCUUCGCCCACAACUACGACUUGAAGAACCACAUGCGGGUGCACACGGGGCUGCGGCCGUACCAGUGCGACAGCUGCUGCAAGACUUUCGUGCGCUCCGACCACCUGCACCGGCACCUCAAGAAGGACGGCUGCAACGGGAUCCCGUCGCGGCGCGGGCGCAAACCGCGGGCGCGCGAGGCGGGCGCCAUGCCCCCCACGCCCACCGGCAGCGCCGAGGACGCGGCGGGCGCCGAGAGCCACGAGUCGGAGGGCGCCGAGCACGAGCAGCAGCAGCAGCAGCAGCAGCAGCAGCAGGAGGAGGAGCAGCACUUUGAGGAGAAUUCCAAUAACGAAGCGCCGGGAUUGAAUGUAGCAGGAGGGUCGGAUGAGGGUAACGCGCAAGGACUCUCCUAAACCAAAAAAAAAACAAAACGAAAAGAGA